CUACUUUCUCUUAAUGAGAAAUAAAUGGAUAUACAUUCUCCAUAAUGGUUAGAAAUUCAGUGUUGUUUGUAAUCUUGCCCUGACUAGUGUUGUUAUUUAUAUAUUUGUUGAAUCUUCUUUGUGCUUGAGACAAUGUCGUUUAAUAACCAGAGUUCCGACAUGAUCCCAAUACAAGUUGAAUAUGCAGAAUAUAAACGGAAGAAAGAAUAUUUGAAGAGAAUAGUGAGACUCACGACAUCAAAGAUGCAGGAUGACGAAAGUGAUGUGGAGAGCGGCUCAAUGAGCUACAGAAUCCAUUACAAAAUCUACAUAGAGGCUCUGGAGCAAUUAUUAGGCAAGGAAGUAGUUGAGAGAAAAAUAAAAGAUAAGGAGGAAAGAGAAAAGAGAGAGAAAGAAGAAAAGAAAAUUGAAGAAAGAACCUGGACCGAAAAGUUAGCAAUUUUCAAAGCUAUGAACAGAGCUUCUUGCUAUAAGCAACUCUUGGAUCAAGUAAUUAUCGGACAAGAAAGUAUAAAAGAUGCAAAUUUGUUAAUGGCGAACCUCUGUAGCCAGGACAAACAAAGAAAUACACAUAGACAUUUAGAAUUCACUCCUACUGUACCAAAAAGGGCUUUGUAAACUGAUGGUUGUUAAAAUAUGAAUAGAUAGAACCAAAUAUGUUGAAUCAAAAAAUAUACCAAAGAAAUAUUAAAAACAAUUUCUCAUUCUGGAGUUUUAGCAUUUAUUUUCAAUACUCCAUUAAAUUUAUCAGAAAAAAUUAUAGGGUUCUAAUUCAAAUUAUUAUCUGAGAUGAUCUGAAAAUAUGUAAAUAUAUUGUAUAUAGUUCUGUAUUAAAAUAAAAAAAUAUAAAAAAUAAAGCUUUUUAAAUUAUUCGAAAUGAACUCAACUGGUAAGAUUGCGGACUAACAGGUCAUUAAAAAUAAAGAAAAUCUUCCCUUUGAAUCAUUCAAUUUUCAUUUUGUGAAAUUCAAUCGGAUGUGAUUAGUGGAAUUCUUAUCUUAUCUAUAUGAGAAAAGUUACAAAAUUAUAAUAGAAUUUUCAUCCCCAUUAAUGAAGGCAAUGAAUAUCUUGUUUGUAGUACCUCCUUAAAAGAUUAUUCCAUAAGAAAAUCAUUUACUGAUGUAGAGAAAAUUCAUAUCUAUGAGAAAAAUUCAUAUUUUCUUUAUUCGUGAAAUAUAUCAAUGUUGUGCAAAAAAAUUAUCAAAUAAUAUUAGAUUCAAGCAUGUUGUGUCACUCAUAUAGAAAUUGCAUGUAGUUAUAUUUCUGUUUCUACUCUGCAUCUAUAUUUUCAGGUUAAUAAUAACUUUUUCCGAAAGAGAGAAAUUCGUAUUUUAAAAUUUUUCAACAAAUAUUAUGUAACACAGCUGAAUUUACCUUUUUUUUCAACGCAAUUUUCAAAUAUAAUUAUUUGAAUCAACCUGCACAUGUGCAGUUCAAUUUAUGUAACAAAAAAAUCCUACUUCCUGCUAAUGAAAAAUAAGUGUAUAAAUAUAUUCUUAGUACGAGUUAUAAAUUCAGUGUUGUUUUUAAUCUUACCCUGAUUAUUAUUUAUAUUUAUAUAUUUGUGAGUUCUUCUUUGUGCUUGAGACAAUGUCCUCUAAUAAUCAGAGUUCCGACAUGCUCACAAUGCGAAUUGGUGAAUACCUAUUUCUAUGUCGUUAUCAAUCUGUAUUUCAAUUAUUCCUAAACAUAUAAUACUCAUAUAUACAGGCUCCUGCAAUAGUGUGUUAGGCUUCCAUAGUUGCCAAACCAGAUGUUUUAGAAAUUUAGUUGAAAAGCAUCUCCUGUGUACUUUCGAUUCUGCAUCU